UCUUUCUUAAUACACACAAUUUGACCAGACCCCAACCAAUCACCGACCUCCACGUGUACACUCCACUACAAACUCCCACACUGACCAAAAGUCAAACUUCAUUACUUCACACAUCACAUGUCAAUCUCUCAAGUCUCAAGCCUCAACUCAGCUUCACUUCCAUUUCAUUACAAACUCAACUCACUCCCCUCCCUUGUCCUAACCCCUCUAAACCCCUCAAACAUGUUCCCAACAUCCCCCUCCCCUUCCCCCAGUCCACAAAAAACUCGGAACUCCGACAUUAGUACGAUAUUGUCCGCUCCGUCCCCAUCUCCUUCCCCCUUCCCCUCACAAAUCCAAUCACAAUCCGCCACAUCAUCACAAGCCGUGAAAUUCACACCACCACUAAUCGCAAUGGUAGCCAUCGUCGCCACCGCCUUCCUCCUCAUCACCUACUCCCGCCUCCUCUUCCGAAAAUUCCUCCACCUCCGCGCCAAAUUCCGCCGCUACCGCCGCCGCCGCCGCCUCAUCACCUCAUACAACCCCUCCUCCGCCGGCGACAUCGCCGCCGAAUCCCCGCCCUACAUCUCCGAUCACAUCGAAAACUACCAAAUCUUCUCGCCUUACGGCCUCGAUGACUCGACGAUCAAAACAAUCCCCCUCACAAUAUACACUCGCAAGAGCAUUUCACACGAAUGCGCCGUGUGCUUGCUCGAAUUCGAAGAAAGCGAAUACAUACGCACGCUGCCCGUUUGCAACCACACAUUUCACGUCGAUUGUAUCGACAUUUGGCUCCGAUCACACGCCAAUUGUCCGCUCUGCCGAACCGGAAUUUUCCGGCCGAGCUCGCCUUUUAUCCCCGUAAUGGCGUCGAGAAUCCGGCCGAGCCUCGACGAAAUAAUCCUCGAAAGCACCAUUCUAGAAACCUUAACCGAAACUCCGCCUCAUUACGACACCACUGCCGAUGAAAUCACCGUUGAUUUAUCAGAAGACCGGUUAAUUCGGCGUAAUUUUCUGCUCAAGAGGUCGUAUUCUUUCGGUUUCGAACGGAAUUUAGGUUCCGAGAGAUUACUAAACGAGCCUGCCAUGACUUCUCCGUGGCGGUACCGGAGAAGUGGAGGCUUCUGGAGCACUAAACGUCCUUCGCCAUUUAGUACCUUAACAAAACACCGCGUGUUUUCAUUAAGGUACUAUCGGGGAAUGAAAUCCCCGUUCUUCCGCCAGAAAGGCGUCUCAGGUCUUUCUGGCGGAAGCUUCCCAAUGUCCGAGUCAAGGUACGGUUGCGGGAGCUCGCGAAGGCGAAAGUCCUUCGCGAGCCCCAUGUUCAUAAGAUCAUCAGAAAGAAGAACAGUCCUAUCCUCAUCCUCAGAGUCUCGGUUACGGAGCGGUGAUCCCGAGGCACUAUUAUCACCGGACCGAUACAAUCGUCGUUAAAAAAUAUUAUAUAUGACACGUGACAUUCGGAAUCCAGUCCGGGAGCAUUAAAUGAUUGAGCUGAUCGGAGCAAGAUGUUAGGUGAGAGGGGGAGGGAGUAAUUAAUGGAGAAGCAGAGGGGUGCAUGUGAGAAUUAAUGGCUGCAGCUCAGCAAAUUAAAUUGAAGCGGCAUUUAUUAAAUUGGAGACAGCUUCUUCAGGGAUUGUACACUGCAGUAAGUGAUAUUUUUACACAGUUCAUAUUUGUAUGUAUAGUAUAUAUGGGACUGAUGAAGUGCAAACGUUUAUGCUAUUUACAAACUUGUGCCAGAUAGAUGUUUGCUCUUGAUCAGUUCUUUAUGGGAUGUAGAAUCAGACUCUGUUAUCAUAAUUUAUAACUUCAAAAUUAUAUACAUUUGUUUUUAUUUGGCACAUUUA